GUCGGCAACCUGCGUACCAGUCGUGUCGCAGCGCUCACGUAACAAAAUUCUUAUUAUUAUUACUAUCACUCUCUUUACUUGCCUUGAUACUUGGCCGGUGGUGUGUUCAUUCUCGUUUCGACUAUAUAUACGUUGCGCGUUUUUCAUUUUCGACACCGCCCCCUAAUUACGUCCCUUUUACGCAUCUGGAGCUCUCGCGCUCUCGUCGAAGAAAUCGUCAUUGCCGCCGCCGCACACAUCCGCGCUCGCGCAUGAAAUUCGCCACGAUCCGCGGUCGUAUCACACGGAACGCAUCGAUAAAGUGAUAGAGAGACAGAAGGCCGUAACGAAAGAGAGAGGGAGAGAGGAGUACAAAUACGUCAACUACGAACCCGUCGUCUGCGAACCUUACCUGAUCGCCUCUGCGACUUACGAGCGUCGCUGGUAUUCCAGAGCGUUGCUGCGUGUCAAGCACCCGGUGCGUGUCAAGUCGUACGGCUCGCACAAUCUUGUCGUCGUCGUCAUCGUCGCCGUCGUCCUCGUUCUCUUCGUAGCGUGUAAGCGCGCGAACGCGUUUACGCAGCAGCCUUAGAAUCCGUCAGACGAAACGUCAUCAGACGCACGCUCGCUACAUCCGGUGCAUGGGUUGCUGUUGCUCACCGAAUAGAUGAAACAUCCGGUUUACAGGAGGAACAUCGCCGACGUGGCCGAUCGUGUUCACCGGGUGCUGCCCUGCUCCUCCUUCGUGGCGGACACGCUGCUCGUGUAUCGAUUGCUCUAAAAUAGACGCGUGGGAACAACACCUGCAGGCCAGGCGUACACGUAUACACAUGCCGCUCGCAGGCGCAUAAACGCGCAACAGACCGCACACGUUCGUGCACCACGCUUCGUACACACAUACGGUUCGUCUGCUCUCUCUCUCCCUCUCUCUUUUUCUCUCUCUCUCUCUCUCUCUCGCCUUUACGCUGCCACGACUCCCUUGCAGCGGCAACGUGUGACAGGUGCAACGACGGCGACGUCGUUGUAGGGUAGCCGGAGGUGGCGCUAUCGGAGAACCGCAGCAGGAAGCGGAAGAAGAAGUGAGUGAGGUCGACGCCGCGAAAAGACGCGAAAAAGAAGAGGAAGAAGAAUCAAGGAAGGGACAGACGGAAGGGGAGAAAAAAGAGAAGGAAGAAAGGGGGAAGCCGGCCAGGAGAGAGAGAGAGAGAGAAGAAAGACCGGGUCAGGGAAGGAGAGAAGGCGUGGAGGAGAAAGAGGAGAAAGAGGAGGAGGAGGCGGCCGCGGCCCCCGUAUUUUUUCACGAAGGGAAGGUUAUUUUCUACUGAUACGUCCUGGAGGCGCCCGUCGUCUUCGCCGGUACAACCAUAACGCCGCCCGCUUUAAAACGACCGAGACGGGACACGGUGGACUCAUCGCCGCCACCCGCUCGUACCGCAGCCCCCGGCAACCCCGGACCGUCCGGCAAACUCGCCUGCAUCAUGGAUGCGCCGCUAUCGCAGAGCAUGGACUCCGUUAACACGGUGGCCACCGGCGAAGAUGAGGUGCGCACCUUGUUCGUGAGCGGCUUGCCGAUGGACACCAAGCCGAGGGAGCUCUAUCUACUCUUCAGAGCGUACGAGGGGUACGAAGGGUCGCUAUUAAAAGUCACGAGUAAAAAUGGGAAAACAGCAUCGCCGGUGGGAUUCGUGACUUUUCACACGAGGGCAGGCGCGGAGGCGGCGAAGCAGGAUCUGCAGCAGGGGGUUAGAUUCGAUCCUGAUAUGCCACAAACCAUACGUUUGGAAUUUGCAAAAAGUAACACAAAGGUUAGCAAACCCAAGCAACCAGCCGCUGCAGCAGCCACCUCGCACCCCGCUCUGAUGCACCCUUUAACGGGACACCUAGGGAGUCCGUUCUUCCCCGGUGGUCCUGAGUUGUGGCAUCAUCCAUUGGCGUAUUCUACAGCCGGCGAAUUACCGGGCACACUGCAACAUGCGACGCUGGUGCAUCCGGCGUUACAUCCUCAGGUCCCCGCGCCUAUGUCCCUGCCGCAUCCUACAACGCUGACGUCGAUACACGCGUCGCUGCCUCAUUUUCUACCGUCGCCAGCACUGGCGUCACCGGUCGGGUCACCCUCGUCGCAACCGAACCUAGCUGUCAGCAAUGCGCAGUGCUCCACCCUCUUCGUGGCGAACCUGGGCCAGUUUGUGUCCGAGCAUGAACUAAAGGACAUAUUCAGCAGUUUUCCUGGUUUCUCCCGGCUUCGUAUGCACACGAAGGGAGGGUCGCCAGUAGCCUUUGUCGAAUACCAAGACGUUCGCUACGCGGCCCAGGCGAUGGCCACUCUCCAAGGGUCCUUUCUCCUCUCCUCCGACCGGGGAGCGAUACGAAUCGAAUAUGCAAAGUCAAAAAUGGCCGAGGUGGGCUUUACAAAUCUCUGGAUCGAAGGAUCCAAGAGACAAGAAAACGGCCAACCUUAAGAUCGAUAUCAACGGUAUGUAAAGAGGUGGAGGAUCAGCCGGUACGAGGAGAUGGCCAGAUGCGCUCUCGUCGGAUAGGACAUCAAUCAGAAAAUUAAACACGAGGAAGAACCACACAGGAAGAUGUACAAUAUUUGAAUAGCCGACGUAUCGGCGAGAGAUCGCGAAGAACGAAACGUUGCAAACGCGGGAGCACAUAGACGUAUACACAUAUGAAUACACUCGAGAAAAAAAAAGAGAAAGAGGAGAGACGUAGAAAUUGUGAACGUGGGUAGAAGAGCAAAAGAUUUUCGAUCGAUCUUCCGUCGGAAGGGACACAGCAAAUAUAUUGGUAGGCAAAUUCUCUGUAAAUUCUUCAACAUUGCAGAACGGAGGCGUGUUGGUUCGCGCGACUCUAGCGGGGGGCCCAAUAUAUAAUCACGUAAUAUUCCUAGGUAUAUAUAUUUUUUAACGAACUUAACUUAUCGAUUCGCGUAUUUACCUUUUCCUACUAUUUAUUUUCACCGUGUCUUUAAUCGCGAUCGGACGACGACGAAGCGAGAGAAAAAGAUGGUAGCUGGGAUUAUAGCAAGGGAGGAAUGGAACAGAAAAAAAGCAGAAGAGCGAAGCAAAGCGAAGCGAGGAAGCGGAUUUCGUUUCUUGUAUACAUAUGUAAAGAGAGAAGGCACUCUUCGACACUCACGCUUACCGCGAUGUUUGUUUACAUACAUACACACACAUACAUUCGACGAACGCAGAAAUUUUUUCAGAUACACGACGACGCCAUUCCGGGAUUUAAAAACUUUACAUUUAAUGAUUACUCUUAUUAUUUUGAAGAGAAAAAGUCUAAAAAAUUUAUUAAAUACAUAUCGAGCUCGAGCUUUCUAAAUUAUGCAUAUCAUCGAGGAAAUAAUUUCAUAAGACUCGAAUAAGAAAUUAACUCAAUGAUUGAUGCGGAUUGGCGGCUCCAACACAAAAUUGCAUAUUCCACACACUAAAACGAAACAAGUGAGGCGAAGACGAGUACAUCAAGCUUAAUACCAAAGGUGCCCUAAGAAGCGUGUAUUUAUGUUUUAUCAUCGGCGUGUCGCGCGAAGCACGAACGCGCGUACUUUUAACUAUUGUAUCUUGUUAAGAAAAGUCUAGUGUUCUAGACGAGGAUGAGAAUAAAGGGAGUGAGAGAGUGUGUGUGUGAGAGAGAGUGAGAGAGAAUGCGAGAAAGAAAGACAAAUAAAAUUCGAUUUAGUUUGCAUUAAUUAUUAGAUGAGAAAAUCCGAGCAAAAGUGCAAGUGAGAAAGUACGAAUAAAAGUGCGAAUGCGAAAAAAUGUGCAUGACAACAGAAAGAGAGAGAAAAAGAACAACUACAUCGAGAGAAUGAAUGCUAACAAUGAGAGAAUAUGAUAUAAUUAAUAAUCUCUUAUAUAUAUAUACAUAACGAACGCGAACAUAUCAUAGGGUUAAGUCUGUAGACGAGAAUUACAGAAGGAUCGAGAAGAAAACUUGAACAACCAUCUGCCUUUCCGUAAGGCGAAAAAAUGAGGAGAAAGAGAGCGGAAGAAAGGAGGAUGAUAGUGGAGGUGGUGUGCCCCGCGUGUUGGAAACGGCGGCCAACUCGGCACGUAAUUUGCCCAAGUGCCUUCCUGUUGGUCGAGUCACAAGCUGUAAUCGGUAGCGCGUUUACGUACAUAGGUCUUGUCUUGAUUUUUCAAGCUCCCAAAGAGAGAAACUCCCGGCGCUUCUCUAUACAUGUACAUGCAACCGUAUCUGAAAUAUGUCCCCUCAAUUCACCAUUCUGUCACCUUGCCGUACUCUCCUUUCUCUAGCCCUCUUCCCGUCUUACUUUCUCGACGGCGGAAGGCUGCAAAGAGGGUGCAUUCAAGACCCCGUAAUGAUUCGAGGAUCAAAGGUGGGUCUUUAGCGAAGCUUUGAGCAAAACGCGUUUCCCGAAAUGAUUGAACGCACUCGUGAAAAUCUGUAAUGGCCGUCGUAGCUGAUAGUAAUUUAUCUUUGGCAUAGUUGAAAGUUUCUCUUCGGGAGUCUGUUGUAUUUGCUAUUGUGACUCGUAUUAUAACUCUAUAAUGAUUAGUUGCAGUAUUCUCUUAUAUAAAGUGCAUGUAUAAGUAUAUUUAAAAAUUUUAAUCAUAUUAUUAUUUAAUUUUAAUGCAGAAUCUUAAUAGGUUUACGAUCUUACAAGUAUUACGAUUAUGUUUGUAUUAAUUAUUAUGAGAUUAUAUCUCUUGAUAAAUAGCCGUAACGAAGAUUGUAAAAGCAGCUUUCAGUAAUCUUACGCAGAUGACUUUCCGCCGACGAGUCCUUGAGUUUCACAGUCAAUCCUUCUAUUCUCCGUUGUAUCACUGGGCAUUUAUUACAUGCAAUUAAUGAGAAUGAAAGUAACUUAAAAAUUAAAAGUAGCCGCCGAUUAACAGUGGACUAUGUCGAUAAUAGUGAUCAUUUACCGGCGCGCUCGGGCGAACUGAUCGGUCGUCACUGAUCGUCUAUCAUCGUCAUCAUCGAUUGUCAAGUCACGAUCGCGCCAGCACGUUCUUUAUUUUUCUACGGAAAGCGACUGGAAUGCACCAUGUUAGAAAUAUCACUCUGCGAUACUGGGACUUGACGUGAACACACGAAAUAUACACGCGUGAGGAAGAAGAAAAUAACGUGAUAAAAUAGAAUGACAUUAUUGUCAGAUGAAUGUUUGAAUUUCCGCUUUAACCCUUUGUACUCUUACUUGUGUGAUUUCUACUUAUAUAUCAACGUAGAUUGUCAGAUAGAAGAGGGUUAUUUUGUGUGUAAUGUUACGCGUAUUUUGGAUUUAACACUAUAGUCAACUAACAAGCCACUGCGACGUAAAAUGUGAUUUACAAAACUUUAGAAAGUCUAAUCUAAGUUGUAAUUGAAUCGAGGCCUUACAUUUAUAAUUCGAGAAGCAGUGAAACGGACUGAGAUUUACAUUUUUUCUCACGCGAAAGAACAUCGAGAUGGUAUCGCAAGUAUAUAAAAAGAAAUGAUUACUCAAUCAUCACGUUAAUUAAAUAAUAAAAAUAAAAAUUCGCGUAUUAUUGGGGAUAAAAUAACUUUUAUAUGUAUUAGAACAGAUUUACACAUGGUUGGCCUUUUUAUUUGAAAAAUAUCACGAUGCUCUCAUUACGGAUAUUUUGCAAUUAAAAAAAAAAGCAUAAGUUACAUCUGAGUGCAAAGGGUUAAUAGAAUACAAAAAAAAGAAAAAAAAAAUAUCAAGGAUAAGAAGAGACUUAUUAAGGGUUUCAAAUCUGUCGAGAACGGAAGAGAAGAAAUAGGAAAAGUUUCUAAAUAGCGAAAGAAAGAUAGCGAUAAAAGUAUACACGAGAUAAGUUUGGAUAACGCGGCCGUGAUCGCUCGAUUAUCGCGAUCGCGAAGGAUGAUCGUCGAUCUUGCGAAAAUGCGGCGCGGCAAACGUAUUAUUCGGUGUAUUCAAUGGCUCGUUAUUUUAUAAUUAGCCGUUCAGAGGCGGAUUCGUUGUCAUCGGAAUCGAUGAAUCGAGAAUUAGAUUGAAUUUUAAAGUGCUUUACAAAAGUGAACUAACACAUAUCAGUAGGCAGUAUGCUAUUAUUACAUUAACAUAGAGUGGUAAUUGCGUAAGAAUAUUAGAAGUUAAUAUAAAUUAUGAAGAAGUAUAUAUAUAUAUAUAUACAUAUAUCUACAGAUAGAUAUAUAUAUAAAUAAAGAAAAAAAUUAUAUAUAAAAAUUGCGCGACGUCAUGUUAAAGUACAGGGGGCGAGAAGUACAUGUCAAUCAGAUAUUUUGUACCGUCUCUAGAAGAAAUUAUUCUAGCGAGCCCGUUUAAUUUCCUUUUUAUAUACGUGUAUAUAUACACACACAUAUGUGUAUAGACAUAUACAUAUACAUAUACAAUGGAACAUACACAUAUCGUUGAAGCGAAUCAUGCGUAACGCACUAAAUGCGAUCGUGAUCGGGACCCUCAAAAACAUUUGGACCGCAUUUUUUAUUCUGGAACAAAAGUAUUGUUUAUCCUUUAAUAAAAACUCGAAAAGAAGUCGUACAAAUGAUAUUUAACAAAUAAGGUGUAAAUGGAUAAUUAUUUGUUUUAUUAUAAAUUGGUGAAGAUAUAGAAAAAAAAGAGGGAAAAGAGUAAAAAAUAAAUAUAUUAAUAUAUGAUUUGAAUUUGUACUACAUCUAUAAAUGUAUUAUUUUUAUGGGCGAUUAAUUUUUUUUGAUAAAUAUAAGAUGUCUCAAAUGUUUCAAAAAUUACAAGAAACACUUGCAGCUUAGAUUAUUCAAAGGAUGAAACAAUCUUGAAUCACAAUCGAUUGUACAACUUUUUUUUUCAAAAAGGCACGCUCUCGUUGUCGAACUAUCGAUGUGCAUAAUUAAUCUAUAAAUUUACUCCGGCAAAUUACAACUCAAUUGGUUUUUGCAUGCUGAAAACAGUUUAAAGUUUAAUUCACGAUAAGGGGGCUCAGCGUAAGCCCGCGUAAAGCUAAUCGAAAAAUAAAGCAAGAUCCGAAAACGCGAGAUCACCAAAGAUGGCACUGUAUCGAUCCAAAGAUUACCAAUAGACCUCACAAAGACUAUAUCAUGCUGUGAAACAACGUGUGCACCACUCGAUGUUAGAUCAGACCGUAAUGAUAUCGCCAGAGAAGAUCGAGACGGGCGUACAAAUCACGCGGAAAUAUAUUUCUACCUUUGCUUUUUGAUUUUUUCACAUAGAUCCCGAUUCCGUCCUCGGGAAGAUCUUGCGAUAAGAUUGAACCUCGAGAUCCUAAAAUUUGGAUAUCACUGCAAAAUUAUUCAAAAGUCAUAUAACUCUCACCUUUAUUCAAUGUCGCGUUUAACAUUAAACAUUUGAUUUUUAGUGUUAUAAUUAAAUUGAUUGUGAGAUAAAAAACUGGUAAUUAAUUUUGUCUGUAAAUGCGCAAAACAGUGAUAAAGAAAGAUCAAUGACGUUCCGAUUGUCAAAGAUCGUCUAUAAUAAUUUAAAACUGCGACAAAUCAUUAUUAGUUUUUCCGAUGCAAAAAAAAAACUUAAAAAUAAUGCGAUGAGAAAACUAUGUUAUAUUUAGUAACAACUUAUUGUGUGUGAAUAUUAUCUUUAUUUAUUGUAAAAAAUACAAACCGCGUGUAUCAGACUUACAGGCAUUGAAAAAGGGAUACGUACCUUAUUAUAUUACAUAUACAAAUACACACAUUUAGAACAACCAGAAUUAACGCUGCUUCGAGCUGCUUCAAUACUGACCAAACAUUGAAAGUAUAAUUAUUAGUAGUAUUGAGACACCAAAAAAAAAAAAAAA